AUGCAGUGGCAGACAACACCUUGGCCUGUCUACUUGCCGUUUUCUCAGAUGCAAAAUGCUAAAACAGAAGACAUACCUCGUUUAGAUUUUUUAGACGACCCAAUUAUAGGACAAGUAGAUUAUAUAAUAGAUACUGCAGCUUUAGCUUCUUCAGUUGUCAUUGAUCAAACUGAGGUAGAUCAUCAGGGUAGGCUGAUGGAAGGUUAUAGUCAUAAUGAGGACAUAAUUCUUCCUCCACCUUCUAAACCAAAGGUUGGAGAUUCUGAAAUUCACCAUGUAGCAUCAGCCAGUUCUGUCGGAGCUAUACAUGGUGUUUCUGAUGGUCAGCAACCUGAGCAAGCUGAUUUAAUUACCAGUUCUGUUGUCAACGGUGAGAAUGACGUGAUUUUGCCUUCUGCUUACUCCCAUGAUGUGAAAUUAAGUGAGUUUACCUUGCCCCUUCCUGAGGUUGGCACCAUUGAUGUUCAAUCUUCCCAAAAUACUACAGAUGAACAAAAAUCUGAAAAUGCUCUUUCUGCUUCCAUUGGUUCCGAAAGUAAUAACCAGAUAAAAUCACCUAAUGAUUCUACUCAACCCCUUCUUGUUGGCCCCGGUUCUGUUGAUGGAUUAGUAAAAGAUACUUUGGAUGGACAACAGAAUCAAGGUGCAGAUUCUCUUGGCAGCUCUCAAGUUCAACUUAAUGGCACUAUUUCAUCCUCUCCCAAGGUCAAUAACGUCAGUCAUCUUGUUAUACCUUAUAAAAAGAUUGUCAGUUCUAUGGUUGAAUCCCCAAAACCUGGUAACCUUAUACCGAAAAAAGGUGAUUUGAAUAGGGGUUGUAUUGUCACAGCUUCACCUUUUGAAUCUGUCAAAGAUGCAGGUUCCAAGUUUGGAGGAAUGGUUAGAUGGAAAUCUCAGAGAACACAAACUCUGGAGGGAGGAUCCAAGGCUGUGGCCCAAGACCUUGAGAACCUACAGGAGCAGAUGGUUGUAUAUAAGAAACAGUCAGUUGAUGCUGAAGUGGAAAAAAUUGAAGUAUUGAAGGAGCUGGACAACACAAAUAAACUAAUAAAAGAACUAAAGCUAAGCCUGGAUAGAGCACAAACGGAUGAGAAUCAGGCAAAACAAGACUCUGAACUCGCCAAGAUCAGGGCGGAGGAAAUGGAACAAGGGAUUUGUAACGAGGCUAGUGUUGCAGCUGAGCAAAAGCUUGAGGUUGCUAAAGCCAGGCAUGCAGCUGCUGUUGAGCUGAAAUCUGUUAAUGAAGAGUUGGAAAUGUCGUAACCGGUUUUCGUCCGGGCACGAAAUAUUAAA